CUGGGGAAGCACACCAUUGUUUGCCCUCCAUUUCAGAGAGGCAGUUGUGGUUGGUUGAGAGAGAGAGAGAGCGAGAGAGAGAGAGCUAACAGCAACAAAGACAGAGCCCGUGCUGCUGGGAACUGCAAGGACAACUUCAGGGAAAGCAACAGAGAGUGCACUCAAGUGUUAAACUACCUGACAAAGGAUGUGAAGCAAGACAGAGUCGGCUGUAAAAUGUUGACAGAAGUUGGACUUUUGGUACAUUAAACAUGGAUGGAACUGCAAGCGGAACAGCAGAACCUCAAGAGACCGACGGCACACAGAACACACACAAGGAUGAAGUGGACAGGGUCUCGGAUGAGGGUGGGCCUGUGUCUGAGGUUCCUGUGGAUGAGGACGUGGAGGCUGGAGCACAAAACUCCAGGGACAGCCGCAAACUGGACUGCAUCAUCUGCUACAGUGUGUAUAAUCUGGGAGAGAGACUCCCCCGCAAACUCUACUGUGGUCACACGUUCUGCCAGGCCUGUCUGAAGCGGCUGGACACCCUCAUCAAUGAGCAGAUGUGGAUCCCCUGUCCACAGUGCCGGCAGAACACUCCUCUACCUCGCGGGGGCGCCACUGGUCUAGACCUAGACCUGGCAGCUUUUCUGGGUGUUAAAGCUGAAGUGGAAAACCAGCGAACCUACAGCCAGAAAGCACCGCUGGAAACCAAGCUCUCCUUUAUAAAGCAGCCAAUCACAGAUCAACCACCCUCAGCAUGGGCCAAUGUGGCAGUGGCAGAGCAUCGCUUCCACAGGAGCCCUUGUUGCAAGCACUGCCUGCUCUGCUGCUGGUGGUGCUAG